CACUGUGUCGUCACUUCCUGUUGACACCCGAAAAGGGGAAAAAAAUUAGAAAAGCGAUCUGUAAACACGCUGCAAGCACUAGGCCAUUAGUUGUGUAGCUGAUGGCAAGGGCAUCAGUACAUUCUGACCCGAUAAAUGUCCAGCUAUGGAGGAAUCUAGAAAUCAAACAGAUGGUGUUCAUCACAUGAUAACCGUGCCUCUUGUGCAGCAGUACUAUUCCUGGGAUUGUGGUUUAGCCUGUGUUUCCAUGGUGUUAAGCCACUUUCACAUCCCAACUUCUGAAGUCUAUACUAAAGACCUGGACUUUCUUCAGUGUGGUGAAAGUAUUUGGACCAUCGACUUGGCCUAUCUCCUGGCACGUUACAAGCUUCCUCACCAGCUGUGCACUAUCACACUUGGAGCUAACAGCGAUUAUGCUACUAAGUUAUUUUACAAGGGCAGUUUUGGUAAAGAUGAAGAGCGUAUCAACCGUAUGUUUAAAGAUGCAGAGAAAGAAGGUGUUUGUGUUGAGAAACGGUCAGUGUCUCUCGAUGAAAUCAUUCAUCACCUGAGCCAGAACAAUAUUGCCAUCGUACUGACUGACUGGUGUUACCUGGAAUGCCUCUGGUGUCACUCCCAGAUUAGGCGGUCAUGUUUGUGUUGUUUGGAUUUAUGCCAUGCUACAUACCAAGGACACUACAUUGUUUUGUGUGGAUUUGACAGAAGGAAAGGACUUCUUUUCUACAAAAACCCAAAUGCCCAUGGAGAAGAUGUCUGCUGCUGUCGGUUGGACAAGUUUGAAAAAGCCCGUAAAUCUCAUGGGACAGAUGAAGACAUACUGUUUGUCUUUGACAAGAAAGUGCAAGUAGACAAGUAGAAGUGGUUGUAGUGUUGAUCAGGAGAUAGUUCUUAUUCUUCAUCAUGAACUAAGGGAGAGUUACAAACAACAGAUGUGUAAAUACUUCUGAAACAUUGCUUCUUGUCUGUUGUUAUGUGGCUUUAUCACCAAAAUCCCAUCAUCUUCUUGGGGUUAAUGACUUUGCUUCCUAUGAAAGCAGAAUUUGUAAAAUGCUUGAAUACAAGACUUAAUUAUUGGGCAUUUUGGAAUAGAAAGGAAAAUGUGUACACGUAUUUCAGAAAAAUAUUUGCGUUCACUAUACUAAAGCCAUGAAGCUAGAAUGCUACCAACUCAGCAUUUAACAUGAUUUAACAUGACGUUUCUACACAGUGAAUCUUUUGACGCUGCUUGCUCUAAAUGUAAAUAUCAUGUUGCCUUUUUUUCACUAUGCUGAAAGAAAUGAAACCAAAGAUUUGUAGAACUUAUUUUUUUUUUUAUAGAUGUAUAUUUAUGGCAGAUUGACAGCUCUGUCAUUUCAAAGCACAUGCUAGUUCUCAGGGUUGAUCCCAAACCAUACUGAAAACUGUUACACAUCAAUACUUUUUAACCUUGCAUUACUAACAUGGAGGAUGACUAAAUUGAACCAAAGUGUUGGUGGAUCGCCUUCGUGCUCCAUCUAUGGCAGCUCAUUAUAUUUAAAAUAAAAUACACUUGUUUUUUAAUUGAGAAUAGAGAGUGAGCAGGGCCCUUAGUUUUAGAUGGUGGUUCCUGUUGAGCAUGCUGCGCUUAUAUUGAGCAUGCACCCAGCUUUGGUCUGUAACACUGAUUUUUUGCUAAAAAAAAAAUGUUUACAAAAUUUUGACUAGGUCAUGAUAAUGCUGCCUGGUUUUUAAUAACAGCUUUGAUGAAAUCAUCAGGUAGCCUAUGACAUCAUUGUAAAUAUGGUUGUUGAUUCUUGCACAGACACAACAAGCUAUUAGACUUUGCUUCAUUCUUGUUCCACUGUUCACUUUAACUUUUUAUAAUUUAUUAUUGUAUCUUUCUGUAGAUAUAAAAUAAUUAUCCACCUAUCCUGGUGGAAAAUAGUUGAUUUACAGGUGAAUGCAAGCACUGUGAUUCCAUUUUAUUAUUUCAUUAUGUAGUCAUUUUUAUUUAUGAUCAUAUUUGCUUGGAUACUCUCCUGUUGUCUCAUUGUUUAGUGCAGUAUCUACACUGUUUACGUACAGACAUUUAAGAUAAGUUGCUAAUAAUCUAUACCUGUCAAAAGUAUGCUUUGUUGGAGUGUAUAUUGUUGUAUGAGCAAGACAGAUGUCUCAUGCCACAACUUUUCAUAGAUUCCAUUUUAAGAAAACUACUUUUUUCUGCAAAAUGGAUCGCCACUAUACUGCCAGAAACGUGUUUGGAUUAUAGUCAGAUAUCUACUGACUUUUAAUAACAGGUGCUGGCCUGUGUCAUCUUGCAGUAUCAGUGUUUUCUAGAGGAGACUGCUGACUGUUCUGCUCAGUAUAAAGAAAUGUUAAGUAAAGCUUCAAAAAAUCUAAUAACUAAAAUUAAUUGUUCAUAAAACCUUCAAGUCAGAAAAUCUUAUGAUGAUCCAGUUUAUACUAUUAGUAUUUUUGCAUACCUCAUCUAAAUGUAUGUGAGAGAAGGUGUAGGUAUGCAUGUGUGUUGAAUGUCUUGCAUGGGUAUGUCUGCCAAUUAUGUUGUGUUAUGCUCAUAUUACGUUUGUUAUAUUCAUAUUAUGUUUACUAUGCUCAUAUUAUGUUUGUUAUGCUCAAAUUAAUUUUGUUAUGCUCAUAUUAUGUUUGUAUAUAUGGUUGGGCUUGUGAGCAAAAGAAAAAUUUCUGUCUUGGACUUCCUCAUCAGACAAUAAAGUUUGAUUUGAUUCGAUUCUAACCAUCAUUCUCAAACUUUCUACUAUCAGUCCUCCUAUAUUGAUUUGAUACAUGCCAAGUUCAUGUGUCACACUUCAUGAAAGACAUUAUCAAUAACAAUGCUUAUUUAUACAGAAACAUGCAGAUUAAGUUCUUGAGAAAUUGUUUAGCAUUUGACCGAGUGCCCUUUGCCUUUCAGUUUUGCUUCUUUUUCUCUUUAGCCAGUUUUAUUUCUGCUGUAGACUUUGACAAUUGUGCAAUUCAGGAAACUCAUAUUUCCUUUGCUGUUUCAAGUAUAUUGUACAUUCAAGGAUAUUGUAAGGUUGUGUUUUGUGACUUAAAUUUAUUUUAGAAGAGGAAGAGUGUCAGGGGCAAUAAAUCAUUUGCAUUCCUGAUUUCUUCCCUUUAUCAUGCUGGUGGCAUGACAAAAAUAUCUUAUGUGCACAGUGUUACUGUAUAUGUGAUAUUGAAAAGAUUGCAGAUAUUAUGCAUCUACAAGACUGCAUGUACCUUUAACUUUGGAGGAGGGAGGUAUCCUUUUCUCAAGAAUUUAUAUGCUGUUUAAGUAACAGCAUUAUAGAAGCAGUAAUUACGGAUGAAUGGGACCGUAGGCAAUCCCAGCCAUUUAGCUUAUCUUUAAUGCUGUGUCAAAUAUAGGUCGACUUACUUUUCAAUAUACUACAUUUCCAAGUACAACAGAUGGAUAAAAUGUUCUGUGCUUUCCUUGAGGGUGAUUUCUAUUCAUUAUAUCUAAUUAACACCAUUCUUUGUUUUCUAUAAAUCUUUCAUUUAGCAUUAA